ACACCGAACUCUGUGUUGCGAAAUUUAGCUACGGGAGCAGUAUAGUGCUCGCAUUUAUUGCCUUUACCACCAUGGCAGAGAUGAAUGACCAUCCAGAGUCAAUAGAAUCACAGCUAGGACGUUUGAGUGUCGAAAAGUUUGCUAGAGCUGUGGUGAUAUCGAACAUACCGAGACAAAUUACAAAAGAUGAAAUUCACAUACAUUUCCAGAAAAGUAAAAACGGCGGGGGAGAAGUCGAUGAUAUUUGGAUGACAAAGGAUGGAAAAGCAGUCAUUGUCUUUGAAAGCCCUGAAGUUGCUGAUGGGGUAUUGAAGCACCCUCACAUGUUUGGAGGUAAAAAGGUGGAUCUUAGACCAUACCGCAAUCAAGAGGUUUUCUCGCAUGUUACUGCCUUUGUGAGCUUCGAUACCAUAUCACCUCAGAAGUCAGAAAAUCUGCUCAAAAUGGUGAAGGAUGAAGUUGGUGUAUCAUGGCAAGUGAAGGGUCUUGAUGGAUUUGUUCUCUCUGGGACGAUCAAUCAACUAGAAAUUGCUCAUAGGUAUUUGCAAAAAUAUUUUCUUCAGCGUCCACAUUUGCUGUUUAAGGAAGAAAGAAUGGUGCAAGGAAAAGAUGCCAUAAAAACUCUACAAAAUUCUGCAAAAAAUCUCAAGCAAGUUAAAAAAGACCCUCAGGAAAUUGUAGAAGAGCGCACCUUUGAAGUUGAACCAAAAUUCAUGAAAUUUUUCAUAAGAGUACACAAGGAAAAGCUUGAACAAAUAGAAAGGGAGUACCACCUAAAGAUAAUUUGGCCUGAAAAUGAACCUGGAGUAGAUAUCAAACCUACAUCUCUAGCCGAAGAAACACACUAUCAAGAAGGAUGCGAUGCUUUCAUUGAUUUGUACCAAACCAUCUACCAUACCAUGAAGCGACAGGUGAUUGAUGUAAGAGACAUCCACGAUGACGGGAAAAUCAAGGAGGCGAUUGCAUUCGUGGAAAGCAAACAUCCCGUUGUGAUUGAGAAAGCAGAAGGUCAGUUAAUCAUCUAUAGCGAGGAUAUUCAUCUUAAGAGCUCAGUAAAGGCUCUAAAAAAUAUACUUGGACUGUCAAAACUCAGCGGCGGCAACCUUAGGAAUGGUCAAAGGAAUAUCAGUCAUUCGCCUCACCAUCAUGAACCGCCAUUGCCUAAGAUCCUACAGCAGAUGUUGACAAAUAACGUAAUGGUAUCCUUAUACCAGGGAGACAUAACUGAUGAAAAAGUCCAUGCCAUUGUCAACCCAGCUAACCCAUGGCUUCAACAUUCUCAAGGUGUGGGCGGUGCAAUUGUGAUAAAAGGAGGGAGUCAAAUAGUAGAUGAAUCUCGGUGUAUCAUGUCUCAUCGUAAAUUCCCUCUGCAACCUGGUGAAGCUGUUUACACCCUAAGUGGGCAUCUGUCUUGUCAUUAUGUAAUCCACACAAUUGGGCCAGACUGGUCAGCUUAUCCCGACAAAAGCGCUGCUAUAACUGUUCUUCGACUGACAUGCAUAACAUGCCUCCGACUUGCUGUGCAACUUCGACUCUCUUCUAUAGCUUUUCCAGCCAUUAGCUCAGGUAAUUGCGGUAUGCCAAAAGAAGCCUGUGCUGGCGCAAUUUUUCGAGCGAUUGAAGAGUUCAGCACAAGUAUAGAUGCAGAAUGUAGUACUCUCCGUGACAUACGUGUCGUUAUCAUCGAUGCAGAAACCACUGAGGUCUUCCGAAGAGAAUUUGUUAACCGUUACUACUCGGAACAAAAGUUGCAAAAUCAAAUGGAAAUUCAGAGACGUCCAUCUAAAGAAGAAGGAAAUAGCCCAUUUUCUACUAACCGAGGAGGUGGUGAUCCAAGGAUUGAUGAUGAGUUACUUACUGAAAAGUGUAAGAGUACACAGGAUAGCCCUGCUGAACCAAUGAGAAAACAGGACGAAAAUGACUCCCAUCAACGGGUGGAAGAGCAGCACCAGCAAAAUUCUAAGGAAAGCAACUUAAAGGCAGACGAGAUGAGUUUGGCAGACAGCCUUGAAGCCCAAAAUGUUGGAGGCAGUAAGAAUGAAACUAAGCACAAGGAUGAAGGUCAGGAUACUGGCGAACGAUCCGACAAAACAACAAAGAGUUCUGGAAAUUCAGUACCUGCUAGAGGAAUCCUUGCACCUAGCUUUUUUCGGAAAGGAGGUGACACAAAUGGUACCUCAUUUGGGAGGGCGAUGAGCUUUAAAGCAACAAGUGAAAUCAAGCAUCCCCCUGGUCUCUCUGCGACGAAGGAUAACCUUAAUCUUGCAAAGCAACUCGAGGCGGAAAACAACGAGCAAUUCACAGAUGCUUCUGAUGUUAACAAUGUGAAUCAGCCUGAUGCGAAUAAAGAGAAAACAAAAGAAGACGAAAACAAGCCGCCAGACAAGUCCAAGGAAGGCAGUAAACGUGAGUCCUCAGCAAGUGAUCCUGUGCAUUCAAAUUCGAGUGCCCCAAAGACAGAGAAGAAAGAAAGGGAAAAGCAAAUGGCGCUCGAAACUGCACCAAAUACUCCGAAUGUAUCCGCAUCAAACAGAGCUGAAGCACCAAAUGAUGUGCCAUUAUUAGCCACGGGUACAAGUCAAGGGCCUGAAGAGAAGGAGCUAAUGGUAUCCGCAAGUGAGGCAUCCACAGUGGAGAAGGACGAAGAUCAGUCGCAAGGAAGCCAAACAACACUCCGCUGUUCAAUAUGUCGCAACUCAUACCAAGAACUGGUCGAACCCCGGAAUUGUGGACAUACCUUUUGCCAGUCUUGUAUCGAUAACACGACUGAUGGUUCUAUCUGUAGUAAUCAAUGGUGUAUCUGUGAAAGAAGCCAACCAAUAGGAAGCAUGGCUUGGAGGACAGAGAAACAGCCUCUUCCUGGAUAUCCAGACUAUUACAGUAUUGCCGUUACCUAUAACUUUCCCUCGGGAACCCAAGGAUGGGAACAUCCUACUCCAGGACAUCCUUACCACGAGAGGUUUUUCACGGCAUACCUUCCAAGUAAUCAUGAAGGACGAAAACUUUGCGAGUUGCUCAAAAGAGCGUUUGACGCUCGACUUCUGUUUAGAAUUGGUAAAUGUCAGGCUACGGGCGAGGAGAAUCAGAUCGUGUGUAAUGGUAUCAAACAUAAAAUCAAUCGAUCUGGCGGGGCAGCAAAUCAUGGGUAUCCAGAUCCCACCUACCUUGAGCGCGUAAAGAAGGAGCUUGUCAAGAUAGGAAUCGUUGAGGACACCGACUUACAAGUAUAACUCAAAAGUUUAUUAUUCAGUCAAAUUAAAAUUAUUCUCGAGCCCAGCUCCAAACAAGGAGAUUUUACCGAGGGACCAGUCAGUAUUUAUCACUGGGGGUGGGGAGGCUGGAGGAUUUUGUUUGUGUCACCAUAAAAUCAGCCCAAACAAGAUUAGAUUUUUAAUUGGCAGUCGAUUUGCAAUAGUCGCCCACCUUAAAUUCUGUUGAUGACAUCUGAGCCUCGCCUCUGUUCGUCCUGAAAAGGACCCCCCAAAUCCAUUUCCUUCCUCUUCCCCCCCCCGCCCACUGCGAAAAAUAAUAACUGAUCCCAAAGUUUUUUUUUUCUAUGAGGUUUUCAAUGCUUCAUAACAGCGCUUUAAGCUGUAAGUAAUUUGGUAAAGCGACUUCGUUUGGUGUUCAAAUUUUCUGUUUAUGCCCCUAACUUGGCAACAUGCGUUUAGCAAUCAUAUCAGAAGUUUUAAUUUAACGUUUUCAUAAAUUUUUUUCUGUGGUCUGAAGUCAAAGUGGGAUAAACAUUUUCACAGCGUAUUACUCAUACGGUGUCAUUUUCUUCCACAAAGGCCCGGCUUUUUCUCAGUGUUUGUCCGAUUAUUGAGCCUCAUGAUGUCGCGUGCAUUUCCAAAAAUCGCGAAAUGUCGGCCAUUCUGCUUAAUCCAAUGACGAGCGGUAUGGUCAGCAGUAUAGUACGCUAUCUAAUAUUGCAGAAAGUUUCUUUUUUCUUUCGCCGACCAAAAUUUUACUUCUAGCGACCAUUUUAGGUAUUUUAAGUUCCUAUUUACUGAAGAGCUUGAAAAUGUUUUUUUUGUAAGAGCCCUGGUAAACCAUUUUCUCUGCAUUUUCAUGCUUUCAUAAAGUUUAUCUAGAAAUUCUUUCAGUCUGCAGCCCCAUGCAAAAGACUUUCAUGAUCAUAAGUUUGAGCACUACCAAGAGAUCCUACUUUCUUGCCACUUUUGUUCAGUUCAGACCCAGUCAUCAAUUAUCACUCGGGGUUGAAGGUGGGGGAGGGGA